AUAUCUAAAAAGAGAUAAAACAAAUCUAACAUCUACACUUGUGCGCAUGGCUAGCUAGUGAUAACAAGACCGUGUUUGGUUUGUCUUCGGAAGAAGCAGUCAAUAUUUAAUAAGCCAUUAAUGCUCGCUCUUCCUGCUGUUGCUGUUACUCCUAGCAGUUCAAUCCCAUCCUCACAAAAAUAAAAAUAAAAUAAAACAAAAAAUUAAGAUAAAAAAUGAACACAAACAGAGCCGAAGCCGAACGCUUGCUCGCCAUCGGUGAGAAGCUGCUCGAGAGCCGUGACCUGAGCGGCUCCCGCGACUUCGCCAUUCUCGCGCAGGAAGCCGAGCCGCUCCUCGAAGGCUCCGACCAGAUCCUCGCCAUCGUCGACGUCCUCGUCGCCGCCGAGAAGCCGAUCCACAACAGCCAACUCGAUUGGUACGCCAUUCUCCAAGUGGAUCGCACGUGCCAGAACCUCGAUCUCAUCAGAAAACAGUACCGCAGACUCGGUCUUCUCCUUCACCCUGACAAGAACCCUUUCUCCCUCGCCGACCACGCUUUCAAGCUUGUCACCGAUGCAUGGGCCGUUUUAUCCGACCCGGUUCAGAAAGCCUUGUACGACGGAGAGGUCGCCGGUUCGGUCGAAACGGCGAGUUUCUGGACCGCAUGUCCGUACUGUUACUUUCUCUUCGAGUACCCUGCGGAUUGCGAGGGGUGUUGCCUGAGGUGCCAGAAUUGCGAGAGGUCGUUCCACGGGCUUUCGAUUCCGUCGCUCCCUCCGCUCGUGCCGGGCCAGGAGGCCUAUUAUUGUAACUGGGGGUGCUUGCCCAUGGGCUUUGUGUUUGGAACUUUGGGCUCCAAUGGGCCUGGGUCUGUGCCUGAGAAUGGCCCGAAUGCUGUUUCGAAUGGGGCUGCUUCGGAGUUGGGUUCUCUUUCUGCGCGGAAGCAGGGAAGGCCUCAAAAGGGGGUGUGAGUUUUUUUGGCUUGUGUUUCGCUUAGAGCAAUUGAAAAGCAGAAACCCAUGGAGGUAGCGUUUUCUUUAGUUGUUUAACCUAAAUUAGUUUUUGUUCGUUAUAAUUUUUUUUCUGGUGGUUCAUGUUAUUAAUGUAGCUCUCUGAUGUCUAUAUCUCAAUCUCAAAGUAGAUUAAUGUUGCUCC